AUGAAGGCCUACCUUCUUUACCUAUCCUUCUUGUCGUGCCUACCGUUGGUGUAUGGCCUAUACGACGACGUUCCCGAUUGCGCAUUCACGAACUCGACAUGUCUCUGCGAGGACAUGAAUUACAACAUGGCCGUGAUCCAUUGUGUUCGGCUUCAGUGCAGUGUGCAGCAAGCUCUCUACACGAAGAAUCAGACAUGGCAUGAAUGCGGUUUCGAAUAUCAUGACGAAGGUGUCUCAAUCGCAUGGGUUCCGUCAUUUCUAUUCGGACUCGUGACCCUCUUCUUUGCCAUGCGGCUGGCAACGAAAUGGAUGGGUCUGUCGACAUGGGGAUUGGACGAUUCGACAAUUACCUUUGCCUAUGUAAUGAUGAUUGCUUUCUUGGUCGCCACGCAUCUUGGAAGACAAGAAGGGUUCGGAAAGGAUAUUUGGACCCUGACGGUGGAUCAAAUCACGUCAUUCAUAAGGGGCUUUUUCGCCUUUGAGAUGGUAUACUACGUGACCCUCGCCACCAUCAAAGCCUCGAUCCUCUUUCUUUAUCUACGCAUCUUCGGCGCUCUUACCGAAACUUUCCGCCAAAUCCUCUGGGGGACGCACAUAUUCAACGUCAUCGUAUGCGUCACCUUCGUCGUCGUCAAUUUCAACCAGUGCAAGCCCCUCAGCUAUUUCUGGUAUGGGUGGGAUGGCAAACAUUCUGGGCAUUGCAUCGAUCUAUCAGCCAUGGCUCUUUCCCAUGCGGCAAUCAACAUAGCUCUCGAUCUCUGGAUGCUGGUUUUACCAUUGACCCAAAUCUACAGGCUCAACCUACAGAAGAGACAGAAAGCUGGCAUCAUGUCCAUGUUUGGUAUGGGGAUCUUUAUCACCAUCGUCAGCGCUGUUCGCUUGCGCAGCGUAGCGCAAUUUAACAAAUCAUGGAACCCAACCUACGACUUCUUUGGCCUAGCGCUCUGGUCCCACAUUGAGCUUUGCGUAGGAACGAUUGUGGCAUGCAUGCCGGCAGCCCGAGCCCUCGUCCGACGACUCUUCCCUGAGCUGCUCUAUGUCGCCAACAUAUCUACAAACAGGACUUCCACUAGGGCCUCCGGCAACGUCAAGAUUGUGUCCCAGGAUAUUGCAACCAUUGCCACAGAUGACUUGGCCGAGAGUUCGACCGCCAAUUCCACAAAGAAGGACUCGCUCGCCACCCUUACACCCGAUCGCGUGCCGCUGAGGCGACUUACGACCAGCGACAGCUUGCUACAAAUCUUACCCAGUGAGGCGGAUCAAUCGUUGUAUGGAGGGUCACUGAAAGGAAGCAAGCUCAGUGAUUGGUAA